AUGAAGUUCAGCAGCAUCCUGUCCGUUGGCCUUUUGGUCGUCUCGCCCCUGGCUGCGGCCUGGAGCAAGGAGGAUCGUGAGAUUUUCCGUAUCCGCGAUGAGAUCAAGGCCCACGAGGCCAACCCCGAACAGACCUUUUACGACCUCCUCGGCGUCAAGAACAGCGCUUCCAUCGACGAGAUCACCAAGGCCUACCGCAAGAUCUCCCGCACUCUCCACCCUGAUAAAGUUCGCCAGCAGCUCAUCGCCGAGCGCACCAAGGCUAAGAAGAAGGAGAAGAAGACCCCCGGCGUCAAUGUCUCCAAGGCUCCUACUCAGAAGGAGAUCAAGGCCGCUGUCAAGAUUGCCUCUGAGCGCCAGGCCCGCCUCGGUCUCGUGCGCAACAUCAUCAGUGGUCCCGAUCGCGACCGCUACGACCAUUUCCUGAAGAAUGGCUUCCCGGCCUGGAAGGGCACCAAUUACUAUUACAAUCGGUACCGCCCUGGUCUGGGCACUGUGCUUUUCGGUGUCUUCCUUGUGGCUGGAGGUGCCUUCCACUACAUCGCUCUGUACAUGUCCUGGAAGCGCCAGAAGGACUUUGUCGAGCGCUACAUCAAGUUCGCACGCAAUGCUGCUUGGGGAGACAACCUGAGUAUUCCUGGCAUCGACGACACCCCCGCCCCUGCUCCUGCUGCCCCCGCCGCCGACGAUGAGGAGGGCCCCCAGCUGCCCAGAAACCGCAAGGAAAGACGUAUGCAGGAACAAAUGGCUCGCAGAGAGGCCGCCAAGGAGCGCGGAGGCCGAUCCCGCAAGCCCGCUCCCGCCGCUCGCAGCACCAGCGGCAGCGGUACCGCCACCCCCCGCGAGACGGUUGCGCAGACCGGUCAGACCGGCCCCACCGGCUCCAAGAAGCGCGUUGUCGCCGAGAAUGGCAAGAUUCUUGUGGUUGAUUCCCUCGGAGACGUCUACCUCGAGGAGCAGGAUGAGGAUGGCAACACCGAGCAGUACCUCCUUGACCCCAACGAACUGCCUCAACCCACCAUCCGUGACACCGCGCUCGUCCGCCUCCCCAUCUGGGCCUACAACCGCACUGUCGGCCGCGCCCUCGGCAAGAACACUACUGAGCUGGAGAUCGACACCGAGGACCUGGACUCUGAUGACGGCGAGAUUCAACACACCCCCAGCUCUGACUCUGCCGCUGAUGACUUUGAGCUCUUGGAGAAAUCGACCGAUUCUUUGGGCAAGGCCAAGGCUUCCGGUGCGCAGACUGGAGGCAAGACCAACAAGCGCAAGAACAAGAAGCGUUGA